UUUGGGUAUUUCUGGUUCAUAACAGCUUCAUUGAUCGCCUGAGUGUUCACCAUGAGAAUCCAUAUCGUUCUGGCCUUCGUGCUUUGUCUUUUCAUCAUUAAAUCGUUGGCAGAUGCUAAACCCAAAAGUUCCGCGAAAAUGUCGAGCAUGGAAAUCGCCAAAAAAAUUACGAAUAUGGGGAGCAUAAAGUGUUUCGUGUCUUGGCUGUCCAGUCUGGUCAAGAAUUCUGGAAAAAUCCAUCUUGAUUUGGUUAUAUGUGGCAAAAAACAUGGCGACAAAGCGUUGCGAAUCCUGGCAGCCUUCGAAGAGCUUAUGGUAGUUGCGAAGCCCAUUGUUCUCAGCUGCAUGACCAUAAUUUUGGAUGCAUAUGUUGGUGGGAUAGCUUGUGUGAAAAAGGUAACCCUUAAGUCUUUCUCUUUGGUUUUUGCAUUGAAAAAGUUGCACAAUGAGAUGAACAGCGAACCAACAACUAAAACGGAAUGCCCGAGGGAGGCGUUGAAGGAAUAUUUCGGAGGUUCCAGUGCCUACGAUGUCAUCGAUGGUUGCAUAUAAGCGGAUAAUAAGAAAACUAUAACUAAACUAAUCCAUUGAAACAAAUCUGUUUAGAUGCAAUAAAUCGAAAUAAUGUGGCAAAUUCCUUAGCGUCCGUUCCAAACCAAAUCGAUUUAGUUGUUGCUGGUGUAUAAACUGUUACAUUGAUGGCUUAAAUGUCUAUUCACCAUGAAGAUCCCCAUCGUGCUGGUGCUGGCGUCCGUGCUCUGUUUUUUCACCACAAAAUCGUUGGCAGAUGAAGUACAAAUAAGUUCCGCGAACAUGUCAACCUCUGGCAUUGCCAGACAAAUUAUUAAUGCAAGCAGUUUGAAGUGUAUCUUGUGGUGGAUGUCCAGGCUGGCUAAGGAUUCAACAAAUCUCAAUUUUGCUUUGGUCCAUUGUGCCAAAGAAUAUGGCGAAAGAACUUUUCGAAUCCUGGAAAUCUUCAAAGAGCUUGUCGAAAUAUCCAAGCCAAUUGUUGCCACCUGUUCGGGCAUAAUCGUGGAUAUAGUUGUUGGUGGGUCAUCUUGUAUGAAAAAAGUUGAAACAAGUUCUAUCGGUUUGGUUACAAAAUUGAGAGCGAUGCACAAUGAGACCAACAGAAAACCAAAAACUCAAACGAGGUGCGCGAGGGACGCGUUUCAUAAUUAUUUCAGAGCUUCCAGUAUCUACCGUAUCCUCGACGGCUGCAUGAACCCGCAUAAAAGGAAAACUACUAAAAACACAACUAUUAAGAAGACAACUAAAAAGGAGACAACUAUUAAGGAGACAACUAAUAAGGAGACAACGAACGAGGAGACAACUAAUAAGGAGACAACUAAUAAGGAGACAACUAACGAGGAGACAACUAACAAGGAGACAACUAACGAGGAGACAACUAAUAAGGAGACAACUAAUAAGGAGACAACUAUUAAGGAGACAACAAACGAGGAGACAACUAAUAAGGAGACAACUAACGAGGAGACAACUAAUAAGGAGACAACUAAUAAGGAGACAACUAAUAAGGAGACAACUAACGAGGAGACAACUAACAAGGAGACAACUAACGAGGAGACAACUAACGAGGGGACAACUACUGAGCCCGCUGAAAUUUCCAAACCUCCGGAGUGAGUGACAAUCAUGGCAAGUGUUUGACUUAAAGAUUCCUUUAAAGGGAUAUAUAAAUCAUAUAUAAAUGUAAAAAGUCGAACUAAUAUAGCAAAUCAAUUUGCAUCCGUUCCAAAUAAAUCAAUUUGGUUAUGUCUGGUUCUUAAACUGUUUCGUUGAUGGCCUAAAUGUCUGUUCACCAUGAAGAUCCACAUCGGUCUGGUGCUGGCAUUCGUGCUCUGUUUUUUCACCCUUAAAUCGUUGGCAGAUGAAGAACGAAUAAGUUCCGCGAACAUGUCAACAUUUACAAUUGCCAGAAAAAUUACGAAUGUAAGCAGUUUGAAGUGUAUCUUGUGGUGGAUGUCCAGGCUGGUUAAGGAUUCAGGAAAUAUCACUCUUGAUUUGUACACCUGUGGCAAAACAUAUAGUGACAAAAUUAUUCGAAUAGUGAAAGCCUUCAGAGAGCUUGUAGAAUUAGUCGCGCCAAUUGUUAAGACCUGUUCGGGCAUAAUCGUGAAUGCAUUUGUUGGUGGUGUUUCUUGUGUCACAAAAGUUGCCUCAAACUCUUACUCUUUGAUUAAAGCACUGAGAAAGUUGCACAAUGAGAACAACAGCGGACCAAAAAUUGAAACCAAGUGCGCGAGGGAAGCGUUUCAGUUUUAUUCCGGAGCUCCCAGCGUUUACGUUAUCCUCGAUGGCUGCAUAUACAAUCCGAAUAAUAAGACAACUAAUACGGAGGCAACUAAUAAGGAGACAACUAACGAGGAGACAACUAACGAGGAAACAACUAACGAGGGGACAACUACUGAGCCCGCUGAAAUUUCCAAACCUCCCGAGUGAGUGAUAAUCAUAGCAAGUGUUUGACUUAAAGAUUCCUUUAAAGGGAUAUAUAAAUAAUAUAUAAAUGUAAUAAGUCGAACUAAUAUGGCAAAUCAAUUUUCAUCCGUUCCAAAUAAAUCAAUUUGGUUAUGUCUGGUUCUUAAACUGUUUCGUUGAUGGCCUAAAUGUCUGUUCACCAUGAAGAUCCACAUCGGUCUGGUGCUAGCAUUCGUGCUCUGUUUUUUCACCCUUAAAUCGUUGGCAGAUGAAGAACGAAUAAGUUCCGCGAACAUGUCAACAUUUACAAUUGCCAGAAAAAUUACGAAUGUAAGCAGUUUGAAGUGUAUCUUGUGGUGGAUGUCCAGACUGGUUAAGGAUUCAGGAAAUAUCACUCUUGAUUUGUACACCUGUGGCAAAACAUAUAGUGACAAAAUUAUUCGAAUAGUGAAAGCCUUAGAGAGCUUGUAGAAUUAGUCACGCCAAUUGUUAAGAUCUGUUCGGGCAUAAUCGUGAAUGCAUUUGUUGGUGGUGUUGCUUGUGUCACAAAAGUUACCUCGAACUCUUACUCUUUGAUUAAAGCACUGAGAAAGUUGCACAAUGAGAACAACAGCGGACCAAAAAUUGAAACCAAGUGCGCGAGGGAAGAGUUUCAGAUUUAUUCCGGAGCUCCCAGCGUUUACGAUAUCCUCGAUGGCUGCAUAUACAAUCCGAAUAAUAAGACAACUAAUACGGAGGAAACUAAUAAGGAGACAACUAACGAGGAGACAACUAACAAGGAUACAACUAACGAGGAGACAACUAACGAGGAGACAACUAACGAGGGGACAACUACUGAACCCGCUGAAAUUUCCAAACCUCCCGAGUGAGUGAUAAUCAUAGCAAGUGUUUGACUUAAAGAUUCCUUUAAAGGGAUAUAUAAAUAAUAUAUAAAUGUAAUAAGUCGAACUAAUAUGGCAAAUCAAUUUGCAUCCGUUCCAAAUAAAUCAAUUUGGUUAUGUCUGGUUCUUAAACUGCUUCGUUGAUGGCCUAAAUGUCUGUUCACCAUGAAGAUCCACAUCGGUCUGGUACUGGCGUUCGUGCUUUGUUUUUUCAUCACUAAAUCGUUGGCAGAUGAAGAACGAAUAAGUUCCGCGAAAAUGUCAACAUUUACCAUUGCCAGAAAAAUUACGAAUGUAAGCAGUUUGAAGUGUAUCUUGUGGUGGAUGGCCAGGCUGGUUAAGGAUUCAGGAAAAAUCACUUUUGCUUUGGUCACCUGUGCCGAAACAUAUGGUGAAAAAAUGUUUCGAAUACUGAAAGCCUUCAGAGAGCUUGUAGAAUUAGUCGCGCCAAUUGUUAAGACCUGUUCGGGCAUAAUCGUGGAUGCAAUUGUUGGUGGGACUUCUUGAAUGAAAAAAGUCAUCUCAAACUCUUUCUCUUUGGUUAAAUCACUGGAAAAGUUGCACAGUUUGAGCUACAGCGAACCAAUAAUUGGAACCAAGUGCGCGAGGGAUGCGUUUAAGAUUUAUUUCGGAGCUCCCAGCAUUUACGAACUCCUCGAUGGCUGCAUAUAUAAUCCGAAUAAUAAGACAACUAAUACGAAGGCAACUUCUAAGGCCCCUGAAAUUCCCGAAUAUUUCGUGUGGUAAUCAUAGCAAAUAUUUCUCUUAAAGAUUCCUUGAAAGGGAUAUACAUAUCAUAUGUAAAUGUAAUACGUCAAACUAAUGUGGCAAAUUAAUUUGCAUCCGUUCCAAAACAAAUCCAUUUCAGUAUUUCUGAUUCUUAAACUGUUUCAUUGAUGGCCUAAAUGUAUGUUCACCAUGAAGAUCCACCUUGUACUGGCCGUUGCGCUGGGUUGGCUCCCACUAUUAUAGUUGGUAGAGGGACAAGCAAUAGGUUCCGUGAUGAAUAUGAUGCCCAUUCCCAUCGCUUUAAGAUUGCUGGAUCCCAGGAAUCUACUGUGUUUCCAAUUUUUGCUGGCCAAGCUAGUCGUGAAAGCACCAACAUUGACCCUUCAGUUGUUCGCGUGUACCAAAGGAUAUGCGGCAAUGGCGAUGCAAGUCCUGGACUCCUUAUCGCCAUAGCCUCUCCCAUUGUUAGCGCCUGUGCGAACAUGGUCCUAAAUGAGCCGCUAUUGGUGGCGUCAAUUGUGUCAAGGAAGUUGGAACACGGACCUUUAAUCUGGUUCCAUUGAUGAAACGGUUCCAUGAUCAACUGAUCGGCAUGCCCCAAAACGCGACACAAUGCGAUAUGGAAUCGUUUAAAAAAAUGUUCGGCGUUUCUAAUGCUUAUU